AUGCCUACACUUCUUACACAUAUCACGAAAGAGUACAAACACCGUCGUUCACAUGAAAAAUCCAGAAAAGGGUGCUUAAGAUGCAAGAAACAAAGAAAGAAGUGCGACGAAGUGCUCCCUGUUUGCACACGUUGCAAGAAGCGGAACCAUGAGUGCCAAUAUGUUUUCCAAGACGAGCGCUUCAGGCAAAAAUCCAAAAACACCAGCCCUGAAUCGGAUUUGCUUGCACCAGAAAUCCCAGCUCUGGGAUAUUUAAGUCUCACUGAAGCCAGCCCAAGGAGCUUCGAAGCACGCUCCGACGAUGCGUGUUCUAGCAUUUCAGGUUUCACCCCCAUAUCACCAUAUCUUGCUUCGGGAGUUUCGGAGAGGCCACCGGUGUCUCAUGCUUUGAAUUCUGAGGAGCUUGAGCUAUUAAGUCACUACAUUACACAUACCAGUCGCGUCAUCCCGUUCGAUUUAGAAGAUCUAUACGUUCUGCAUAUAGGGAUUCCAAAUCUUGCUUUUGGCAGCAGGCCUGUAAUGGGCUCCAUACUUGCUUUAUCGGCAGUUUGUAAGUGCUACGAUAUUUUAAAGCAGUCGCCAGCGCCUCUGGAGAGGUUAGAGGAAAUACAAAGGCUGCUUGCCCUAGCAGAUCAACAUCACACAACAUCACUUCACCAGCUACAGGCAGCUAUUUAUGAUGAUCUCUGUGAUACUGUUUUGGCUAAUGCUGCGUUGAUGGUGAUGUAUGCAUUGUCUGGCCACUGUAUUCGAGUCUUGCUAGCUAAAAAAGCGAAGCGAGCUGGGAAAACACUAUCAACCGAUAUGUUACCAAUGCAGUCACAGUGGAUAACGUCAAUACGUGCUGCUUCCGUGGCGUACCUUGGGUUAUUAAACAGUACAUGCGGUGACGUGGGAGACGAGUUGUUGAGCCCAACGUCGAGUUUGGAAAAAGAUGAUCCCUCACCUUCAACCAGCUUGCGUGGCGAUGAGGUUUAUUAUCCUGAAGACGGCCCUUCAGAGGAGACGAAGCAGCUAUUACUCCCAAUAGUGUCUGCUACAUACAGCGCCGCUUUGGAGAAACUCGACGCACGAGCGCAGGCCGUCUGCAUUGAAGAAAGCGACUUAAGCAUUCACGAUCAAAAUAUUCAUAAUUCCGAUCUCCAAGCAUGCCUUACGUCUCUUAAGCUUCUGGAAGAACUUUUUGCGGCGGUGUUCUCUACCGGCCAACCAAGACCAGAAACCUCACACACGUCGCAUGCUGCAUUAGGUUUCUCUCAUUUUGGAAAACUAGACAAAGCCUCUCCAUGGCUGCGGAAAUAUUUGGCUUCCGUGACAUCCGCCACGCCAUCUAAACUACUGAGACGAACCAUAAUGGCUUAUGUUAAUCACGUACCAAUUGAGUAUCUCCAGCUUGUUCAAUCAGCCCUAGAUUACAUGCCUGUGGCAGUAAAGCAAACUGAUUCCAAUUCUCUCAACCAAGUUGUACCACUAAGUGCAGCCCAACGACUGGCUAUGAAUAUCUUUGCGCACUGGUUGGUUCUCGUUAUGCUUUUAGAUGGUGUGUGGUGGAUUGGUGGCAUUGGACAAUGGGAACUGGGCCGGAUACUCUCAUUUGCAGAAAAUCAAGGCUGGGCUCCAGAAUCUACAGGGACAGAUGGGACUUGGUGGCCGGAAAGCAUGUAUGCAGUUCAGAAGGCAAUCGCCGAGCGCAUAGAAUAA